ACAAAAUUCGAAGAAGAGACAAAAUCUCGAAUCUCUGAUUCUUCCUCUAAUAUUGCUCCAUUAUACUCUAAAGAAGAGGUUAAUGCUAGAAUCAAAGAAGCUAAAGAUAAUUUACGUCAAGAAUUUAUUAAAUCUACUGAGGAAACCUUAAAAACUAUUAAGCAGCAGAAAGAUAUAGAAUGCAAUCAAAUUAAAAUAGAUAUAGCUAAUUGGAGUACAAAAUUACUCGAACUUACAUUAAAAAAAUUAAUCCGAAAUGGUACUAUAUAUAAUCUUAUUCAUCAGUUAGAAGAAAAAGAUAGUAAAUUAUAUUCUAACAACAGAGUUGGUGCAUAA